AUGGCUAAGGAGGACCUGGACAACGACCAGGCGGUGAUUCUCACCAAUGAAGCGGACUGGAAUACGUGGUAUUCACAUAUCCGCCUCAAAGCUACAGAUGAUGAAAUCUGGGAGUACAUCGAUCCAGAUGGAGAUCAGACUCUAGAGCCUCCUAGAGAUCGUCCGAGACCUCCUCCUAUUCCCUCAACGACACUCCAAGGGGAACAACUAGCGACAGCACACCUAGAGUUCAGGAUGAGGAAGGACUUCUUCGAUAUGGAGUUAGAGGAAUGGAAGGUUCUAAACACGGCGUAUGAGAAGAAGAACAAAAAGCUGAUCGAGAUGAACGAGCUCAUCUAUCGAACGGCUAAGCGGCACGUAGCCCUGUUCAACGAGUCGUCGGAAGAACAACAGCGAGCGAUCACAUGGAUCCCUGACGGGACAGGAGUGAUCAGGCAACCACCAAGAGUUGGAUCGGCACGGGCAAGGCUGAGGGCGUUGAAGGAACGUCUCAAACCAUCAGGCUUUGAAGCGAGAGCACAAGCUCGAGCUCGAUACCAGCAAGCCAGACAACCACCCAGAUCCACCAGUCUGUCGGCUUGGAUCGAACAGUGGGAACAGGCCCUACGAUAUGCUAAGAACGUCAAUAUCAGUGACGUUCAAGGCAACCAACCUGCAGAGGACUUCCUUAUCGCCAUCAGUGGCGUCAAUGAAGUUAGUAGUACCUUCGCCCAGACCUAUAUGAACACUCUUAACCAGGAAGGGUCGAUCCCAGACGGCUAUACGCUUGCUCGCCAGCUUCAACGACAGCUUGCAGCGACAGCAACAGUCAAGGGAUCAGCCAAGGGAUCGUUCAACGCAGCAGUAGAACCUGCCCAGAGGUUGACGGAGCAACCGACGCUUCAGGGCAAGGCUCCUAACGGCGAGAGACCUACCUGCCCUUGUGGGAUGAAGCACAACGAGAACCAGUGUUGGGUCCUCCAUCCAGAGAAGAAGCCAGUCCAUAUGCCACCCUUCUCACGGAGGAGGCUGGAGAGGGUGCUGCGGAAGAUCACGGAGACAGAUCAGCUGCGGAAGCAAUACCAGAACUCGAUCAAAGCGAUUGAGGAGUCGCUGGCAAAGCUACCACCAGCCGAUCAGAGGUCUGGUGAGGCCAGGCAAAUUGGGAGUGCCUACGCCCGGACUAUUUCGGUCAAGAAGGCCUCUCAGAGAGUCUCCUCAAACGUUAUGGCAAGCUCCUUCGUCGCCACGGCGUACCCAUUGAAGGACAACUUCAUCCAUGAUACCGGUACCACCUGUCACAUCGUCAACUCGAAGGAGAAGCUCAUCGAGGGUACAUAUCGACCAGCGACUGGCGUCAUCAACGCAGGCGACACCACGAUACCGUACUACGGUAUGGGAGAGGCGAUGAUGGAGGUCAACACCCCUACUGGCCUAGCCCGCUUCAAGCUAAAGAAUGUUGUCGUUGCUGAAGGCUUCCAUGUCAAUCUAGUCUCCCAUGGAGCAAUGAGGGAGGCGGGAUACCGAUGGAACGACGACAACUGCAGUAUCACCAAGGGUUCUGUGUCAGGACCAGUAGUCUUUUUGACUAAACAAAUUGAGGGCCACACUGUGAUCGACUUCCAUCGAAGUCAAGGAUGGGCCAACAAACAGCAAUCAGAUGAAGCCGCCAAUGCAGCCUCAUCACGAAAGCCUAGCCCAGAAAGCAAGGCGAGGUACGAUACCUGGCACAGGAGAAUGGGGCAUCUCAACGAUGAAGCCCUAGGCCACUUAUCUGCUAACACCAGAGGAGUUGUGAUUGCUGGCAAGUCUGAUCAGCCUUGCCAAGCAUGCGUUGAAGCCAAGGCAAAGCAACAAGUCUCGAGAAGGCCAAGUGGUCGACCGGCGGAACACCCAUUCGGUCGAAUCCACCUAGACCUCUUCGCGAUGCCGGACUGCCUCGAUGGUUCAACAGUAGCCCUGAUCAUCAAAGACGAAUUCUCAGGCUUGAAAGUCACAUACCCUCUGCCGGACAAGAAGAAGUACACUCUUCUUGAAACUCUUCAUAACUACUGCAGCCUGGUAGACCGGCAAUGGGGUCUCCAGGUCCAACGAGGUCGCAGUGACAACGAACCAGCCCUCAACGCCGACGCUAUUGAGGAGUGGAAACAACAUGAAGGAAUUGUAUGGGAACCAUCGCCGAUAUACACACAUCAACCCAACGGCCAUGCCGAGCGAUCUGGGGGGGUGAUACGGACGAAGGCCAACGCAAUGCUGUUUGACGCCGGUCUACCAACCGACCUGGCCAGCGAGGCCUACAAAGCAGCGACCUACCUUUAUAACAGAUCCCCUCGUCGAGCCAACGGCUGGAAGUCACCAGAAGAGACCAUCAGACAGUGGUGUCAGGAGAAUGGGCACUGGAUCCCAGGCGGCUUGAACCAGCCAGACCUCAGCCACAUCAAAGAGUACGGUUCAAAGGCACAUUGCCUCAAAGAUGAAUACCACAAUGCCACGAUAUCGACCAAGGCCAAACAUCAACCCCGUACCGAGAUUGGAUACCUUGUUGGCUACGAAGACACGAACAUUUGGCGGAUCUGGAUCCCCGAGAAGAGGAAGGUUGUCCCAUUGAGGGAUGUGACCUUUGAAGAAGGGUCCUUCUUCAAAAAGGAGAAUCACGACGGAUCUAGAGAGAGAUUGGCCACGUUCACACCACCAGUGGAGGUCUAUGAGCUACCAAAAUUGGCAGAGAGAGAGCCAGAGCCUGAAGAGACCGACGACGAGAUCACCAGCCUCUCCGGUCCAACAGAUGGACCGUUUGAAGCUGCCGGGGAGGGAGAUCAGUCCCAACAGGCCGAAGCAAUUGAAAAGGCCGGCCCGGCGCAAGAGAGGCUUGAAGAGAUCAUUGUCGCCUACCCAACUCCUCGCCAAAGUGAAGAGCCGGUCCAAGAACCAGCCACAACAGGACCAACAGAGGGCUCUGAAUCCACAACCCCUGGUCCAAUGACCCCAGAAACUUCAUCGGAGGGAGAGAAUAGUGUUCCAAAGGUGCCAGUGAAUUUUCAGGAAGAUUCCUCAAGUUCUGCACCGAUUAGACGAUCGGCUCGAAAUCGCAAGGCGACAAGCCGAGGACAGCAGUCGAGAGAGCAAGAGGAGCUAUUUAGGAGACGACGGCGGGCGGUCGAUGGGAUGAUCCCAGAGAACCGCCACGGCGUCAACGCAGUCCACGCCAGCUUCCAAGCCGAAGUAGUCCCUGUCGAACAAGAGCCUCAAUGGCCACUCCGAUUACACCGAAAGGACCUACCACCAGAGCCGAAGACCUCCAAGGAGGCUGUCAACAGCGAAUACGGCUCACACUGGCUCAAGGCCAUGCGGAAGGAGGUCAAGAACGUCCAAGACAACGGGACGUUGGAGAUAGUGGACCAUCACGAAGCCAAGGGCCAGAUGGUCAUCCCAUUGAAGUGGAUGUUUACCUACAAGUUCAACAGCGAAGGGUAUGUCGAGAGAUUCAAAGCCAGGAUCUGCGUUCGAGGAGACCAGCAGCCACCAAACGAUCGAGACACCUAUGCCGCCACAUUGGCCGGAAGGUCCUUCCGAAUCCUCAUGGCCACAGCCGCGAGGUUUAGGCUUAAGGUGAAGCAGUUAGAUGCCAUCAACGCCUUCACCAACGCCUACCUUGAUGAGGAGGUAUUCGUGGAACUCCCACCAUACUUCAAACAGAAUGGCAAGAUCGCUCGAUUGAUCAGAGCGCUAUAUGGCCUCCGCAUAUCGCCACUGCUAUGGCAAAAGCUUCUCUCAGAGGUCCUCAUCGAUAUGGGAUUCACCCAGUCGACUGAGGAGCCCUGCCUAUUCUACAAUGACUCCGUCCUGGUCUUCUUCUACGUUGAUGACAUCGUAUACCUCUACCGCGAGGAGGACGAGGCUAAGGGAGAGGCCUUCAAAAAGGACUUGACCAGUCGAUUCGAGAUGAGAGACCUAGGGGAUAUCAAAUGGUUCCUAGGAAUGAGAGUUGUUCAGAGCUCUGAUCGGAGCCAGAUCUGGAUCUCACAAGAAGACAAGAUCACCAACCUCGCCGCCAGACACAAGCUUGAUGAUAUGGUUGGAGGGCCAGCUACCCCCAUGUCGGUUGAGGAGAUCAUGAAGCCAGAUGAGCAAGCGACUUCGUCAGAGAUUCACAUCUACCAACAGAAGGUGGGAUCUCUGAUCUACCUUAGCAUCACCACAAGGCCGGACAUCGCCAAAGCGGUCACCAGCCUUGCCCGCUUCCUGACAAACCCUCCACCCAAAGCGAUGAAGGAGGUGGAUAGAGUCAUCCGCUACCUCCUAAGGACGAAGGACCUAGGCAUCCUGUUCGACGGCAACGACCCAGACCCCUCACUCAAAGUCUACACCGACGCCUCGUUUGGAGACGAUCCAGAGACUCGGAAGUCCUCCCAGGGAUAUCUCAUGAAGCUAUUCGGGAGCGUGGUCGAUUGGAAAGCGAUCAAGCAAAACACCGUCACCACCUCAUCUACUGAAGCCGAGUUGCUUGCCCUCACAAGCUCCCUUCGAGAGACUAUUGCUACCAUGCGGUUCUUCGAAAGGAUGACACUGCAGCUGUCAGGCCAGUUCGUCGUCUACUGUGAUAACCGCCAAACCAUUCGCCUGGUUAAAAGCGAGAACCCACGGCUCAAGACAGCUCUGAGGCAUGUUGAUAUCCACCACCAUUGGGCCCGGCAAGAGGUCCAAAAGAAGACGGUGGAGAUAGAAUACCUGGCCACUGAUCAGAUGCCAGCCGAUGGGCUAACCAAGAUCCUCCCGAUUAACAAGCACCGGGAGUUCAUCAAGCAGUUAGGCCUUUGCAUCUGUCCCAUCACCACCUUUGGGGGUGAUCAGGACUAG